CAACAAAUUUCAGUUUCUCAGGAAAGCUUUGAAAAUUGUUGUUUAAAACUUGCAGUGCGGCUGAGGAUCGGAUCAAUCAUGGCCUGUCGCUGCAAAUAUCUGAAGCAGAUCUUUACCAAGUGCUGCUACUGCUAUUCCCUGCGUUUCGGUGUGCUGCUCUUCGGAUGCAUUUUUCUAACCUGGUUCAUUUACAUCACCAUCGGCACCGGCUUCAUGAUGGAGUGCAUCUUUCCGAACGAGUAUCAGAGGUCCCUUAUCCCAGCACCGGCGGCCCUCAAGGCCACCAUGGUCUUCUCCUUCUUCGGCAUCAUAGUUUCGGCCAUGCUCUGCCUGGGAGUGCACAAUAACAACGAGAUGCUCUUCCUGCCAUUUUUGGUUUUCACACCCAUUUGGAUAAUUGUGCACAUUUUUGCCCUGACCGUUUACAGCUUUAAUACCAUCAUCAUCAUCCUGACUGUCAUCACAAUGUUACUUUUAGUGUAUGCCUGGCUGGUGGUUUGGUCCUACUACAUAGAACUGCUCUUCGCCUACGAAGAUGAACUGGAAACCGGUUAUGUGUAAUAAUAGUAAUAAUAAUGAUAUUUACAAAUUUUAGUAUGUUGAGCAAGCAUUUGAUGUGCCUAAUAAAAUAAUGCAUGUAGGAUACAG